CAUAAUUUCACAGGCUCUUAUUUCUCUCUUUCCUUGACUCUCUCUCCCGGUCUCCUCUCUCUCCCCCACACGGCUUCACCGGCGACGCGAGCUCGGCUCCGGCGACUCGAGCUUGACUCUGGCGGCAGUGGCGGGCGGCGUGGCCUUGCGAUUUGGCGGCGGGUGCAGGCUGGUUUGAUCGUCGGCGUCAGCGCGGGCUCGAUUUCAACUGUGCAAGCUCGAGAUCGCCGGUGUAGUGGGCUCCACAUCGGCCGCGCGCGGGCGCGAGCUUGGACUUCGGCGGCACUGCUAACGGGUUAGGCAAGAUACUUUGAAAUAUGAGUGGAAUGGAAGCUGCUGUAGCAUCUGGGCUGUUGAAGGUCGCAGGACACAAGUUAGUUUCACUGAUAGGCAGCGAGUUUGCUGCCAUAGCGCGCGUGGCCGAAGACCUAUCUGAGCUCCAUGGUAUACAUGGUGAAAUUACUAGCUGGCUGUCCACAGUUCGUGAUGGAUCAAUAGAGUGUGAUCCACAGUUCCGUUGGGUGAUUAAAUUGAAGGAUGUUGCUUAUGAUAUUGAUGAUCUACUCCAUGAAGUCCAACUAGAAUAUGAGAAACACAAGAUACACAGCAAUGGUGACAAGCAUGCUAUAUUUGACACGUUACGUGAAAAACCAAAGUGAUUUAUGUUCCGUCGCAAGAUGGCCCGUAAGAUCAAGGAUAUCAAGGUGAAAUAUAAUGAGAUUGUGCGACAAAGAAGGGAUGCCAAUACUAUACGCAGUAGUUUACAAGUGGAUCAACCUAUUCCUAGCAGUAACAUGAUAAUCGGGGAGUUGUCCUUGUUGAGUAAUGUUGAAGAAUCAAAAAUACCUAUCAGGGACCAGGAGAUGGAUACAAUUGUAUCUAUGCUUGUAGACUCUAAUGAGGGAGAGAAUUGUUGGAUAGUUUCCGUUGUUGGGCUAGGCGGGUCCGGCAAAACUACUCUGGCCAAACACAUUUGCCAUGUCAACAAGAUAAAGGAGCUAUUUAAAGAGAGAAUUUUCUGGGUCCAUGUGUCUAGAGAGUUUGAUGUGCAAAAGCUCAUCGGCAAGCUAUAUGAAACUAUCGUUGGCAGAAAGUCAGAUUGUCAACCCCAACAGCAGAUGGUCCGUGAAAUUUCCAAGCAGUUAUGUUGUAAUAAGUUCCUUCUUGUUCUUGAUGAUGCUUGGCAUACGGAUGGGUAUGAGUGGGGACAAUUCAUGGUGCAUCUACAGGAUAGGUCAAUUGGAAGUAGGAUUUUGCUAACUACUCGUGAUCGAAAGGUUGCAGAAGUAGUCAAAUCCAAACAAAUACAUGAGUUGGUGUUCUUAACAGAGUCUGAGAGUUGGAGCUUGUUCCUAAAGUGUUCUGGGUGGGUGGAGGAUGAUUUGGGAUCAGAAUUUAUACAGCUUGGAAAAGAGAUUCUGAAGAAAUGUGGUGGGGUACCUCUAGCAAUCAGAACUAUUGCAGGUGUCCUCUGUGAAAAGAGGGAGAUAAGUACUUGGAGAGCCAUAAGAGGGAGUGACUUAUGGAACGUUGGGAGUGUAAACGACAGGGUGUUUGCAUCCUUAAAGUUGAGCUACAUUCACCUGGCAGAUAAACUAAAGCAGUGCUUUACAUUCUGCUCCAUAUUUCCAAAAGGCUAUGUGAUCAAUAAAGACAGAUUGGUUGCACAAUGGAUAGCCCAUGGAUUCAUCACGCCGAUGAAGGAAGAGCAGCCAAAAGAUAUUGCAAGUGAAUAUUUUGAUUCUCUUGUGAAAGCUGGCUUCUUUCUUCAAGAUACGAUUGAAGAGUUUGGUUACUUGCACAAGAUGCAUGACCUGAUUCACGAUCUUGCUCAAUAUUGUGAAAAGAAUGAAGUGGUGACAUCUCGACCGAACAGUAUGUCUACAUAUCAGACACACAAAUGCAGAUAUUUAUCUUUGACAUCAGGAAAUGAGAAGGUCAAGAGGGGCUUACUUGACAAGGUUCAUGCUUUAUAUAUGUCUGAUGGCAACCUAUCAUUCGAUAAACCAGUUAAGAAGAGUUGCUAUAUCCGCAGUGUAAUUUUGGACAAUGAAAACUGUACCACUUUUCCACCAGUCUUGUUGAAGUUUGAAUUUCUUGGAUAUCUUGAAAUCCAUGGAGUUGAUUGCAAGAAACUUCCUGAAGCAAUCUCCGGCUGUUGGAACUUGCAGUCACUUCAUUUUAUUCGGUGCAGCGGAUUUGUGAUGUUACCUGAGUCUGUUGGCAAACUUAAGAAGCUAAGAACUUUAGAGCUAAAUUAUGUUAUUGAUCUUGAGAGUUUGCCGCAGUCCAUUGGUGAUUGUCAAGGUCUUCAAUCCUUGCAACUACAUAGCUGUAACAAACUUCAAGGCAUGCCGACUUCGAUAGGCAGAAUUGAGAACCUAAGGGUGCUUCAUAUUACGUCGUGUCCAUGUAUGCAAAAACUACCGUCAGAGCCCUGUGGGGAGUCCAACAACCUGGAGAUAAUCAACUUAUCUAAUUGCCACAACUUCCAUGGCCUGCCAAGCACAUUUGCCUGCAAAGCAUUGCGUACUCUUAAUCUUUACAAUACCAAGAUUACCAUGUUACCUCAAUGGGUAACUUCAAUCGAUACUCUAGAAUGUCUAGACCUUGGAUAUUGCCACGAGCUCAUGGAAUUUCCUAAAGGUAUAGCAAACUUGAGAAGGCUUGCAGUUUUGAACUUAGAGGGUUGCAGUAAACUACGUUGCAUGCCAUCAGGUUUCAGACAACUGACUCGUUUAACAAAGAUGGGUUUGUUUGUUGUUGGAUGUGAUGGUGAUAAUGCAAGGAUCUCAGAGCUUGAAACCCUUGAUAUGAUAAGUGGUAAGAUGAAAAUUAUCAACCUUAAAUAUACGCUGGAUCCAACUGAUGCAGAUAAGGCCAGCUUGAAGAGGAAGAACAACAUAAAGUAUCUGGAGUUGGACUGGUCUCGAGGUGAAACUGAAAAGGAGUUAGUAACAGAUAUGGUCAUGGAGCAAGACCUGGCUGUGCUGAACGCUCUUGAACCACCAUCCCGAAUUGAGGAAAUAUUAAUAUAUUAUUAUGGAGGUCCCUGUUUGCCAUGGUGGAUGAAGAAGCAAACUGAUUCUUCUUGCUGGGAAAGCACAAUGUUAAAGCAAACCAAUCCAUGUCAGCUUAUUUAUCUAACUAGAAUGACACUACAUGAAAUUCCAAACUUGAAGCAUAUGCAAGGACUUGUUGAGUUGCCUUUGCUGAAUUACCUUGAACUAUUUGGAUUGCCUAAUUUGGAGGACAUGUGGACCACGACAGGAGGUGCAGAAAUCAGGGGUGAUGAAUUGCAGGCAAAAUACUGUUUCCCUGCCCUGUCCACCUUAUGGAUAAGGGGCUGUCCGAGAUUGAAUGUGGUGCCCUACUUCCCAUCAUCUUUGGAGAGACUUUUUUUAAGAGAAAGCAAUGAUCAGCUGCUAUCUUCAGGCAGCUUCUCCCAUCUCCUUCCUCCACUUGCCCAUGAAUCUUCUCCUUGCAGCAAUGCGCACUCAGCGGUGCCCCGACUGAAGGAACUAACUAUAAUUAAAAUGACAGGAUCAUCGUGUGGUUGGGAUUUCCUGCAGUACCUUGAUGCACUAGAGUACUUCAAUAUUUUUGGCAGCAAUGACCUAACACAAUUACCUGAGAGCAUGCGAAGCCUCACCUCCCUCCACAAGCUAAUCAUCCACGACUGUCCCACCUUUGGCAUGCUGCCAGAAUGGCUUGGAGAACUGUGUUCUUUACAGUCCCUGUUUAUCAAGGGGACCCCAAUGAUGGACAGUCUCCCUCAAUCGAUUGGCUGCCUUACGUCCCUCACGCACUUGACUAUUGCAUGCGAUAAUUUGAAACAGCUGCCUGAGACGUUUCACCACCUCACCUCCCUUCGAGAACUCGACUUGGCAGGAUGUGGUGCCCUGACUGCACUGCCAGAAAACAUCGGGAAACUCUCUGCACUUGAAGCACUAUAUGUCGGACCGUGCUCUGCCAUUCAAUGCCUGCCCGAGUCCAUAAAACACCUUACUAAUCUCCGGCGAUUGAACAUUUCUGGUUGCCCUAAUUUGGUCAAGCGUUGCGAGCAAGAAGUGGGGGAAGACUGGCAGCUUGUCUCUCAUAUUCCUAAUUUAAUAAGUGACUAAGGCUCUGAGGGCAGCAUCCGACCCUUGGUUUUCAGAUUGGAGAAAGUGAUAAGAAGGAUUGGACUGUCGAAGACUGUCUGCUGAGUACAUUUCUUCUUCUGCUGGACCAUUCAGAAAAUGCUUCCGUGCUUCUUUUGUACUGUAUGCUGAUCAUCUUAGAUCUAUACCGUUUAAAGAGUGUGGAGACUACAACUUUACUCUGGAUCUCGUCUUUUGUACUUCUGUAUAUUGGUCAUCUUACUCUGCUAGAGUCUGGUCUCACUACACGCGUUUGGUUAGCAUGUGACAUGUUUUUGCUACUUACUCUUGUGGUUUCUGUGAGGAGUCACAUUUGAUCGAUCAAUUACUCUUGAGCUUCCUGGAAGCGGUGGUGAUCAAGCUUCUUUUCCUGACUAAGCGAUAUCCUAAACUGUACAAGGGAAGGAUAUAUAUAUUUGUAGUCUGCUUUACUGCCAUUUCAUGUUU